GAAAUGCAGUCCCGUGCCUCCGAUGUGUGACGUCAUCAGAGCGCGCCUCAAACAGCUCGCCCCGGUGCUGUCAGUGAACAUGUCGCUGCUUAGGACCGGAUUGACCCUCGCGCUCGGAGCGGGGGUCGGAGCGGGGCUCAGCGCGCUCCUGAGGCCGACCGAGGAGCGCCUCAUCCCGGACUCACUGCUGUCCAUGUGUCCGGUGCUCCCGGUCCCCAGCGUGCAGGCGGCGGAGCUCAAGGUGCCUGGCUCUGGUCCUUGGUCUGGUCCUGGGUCUAGUCCUGGUCCUGGUUCUGGUCCCGUGGCUCUGAUGAAGUAUGGGUUUCCCUCUCUAUCCCACAUUAAAACACGUCAGUCGUACGUCGCGGCAUAUGACCCGAGGACACGCCUCCCGCUCUGGGUCCUGGAGCGGCUGGACUCCACCUGCAUCAGCGGCCAAUCAGAUCGCAGCAAGAGCCAGUUCAGGGAGGACCCCAGUGUGCACGAGUUCCAUCGAGCGACAAACGCUGACUUCAGGGGGAGUGGCUUCGACCGAGGUCACAUGGCAGCAGCAGCCAAUCACAAGUGGAGCCAGAGUGCCAUGGAUGACACCUUCCUCCUCACCAACAUCGUCCCCCAGGACCCGGACUUAAACCAGCGUGUGUGGAACCGUUUGGAGCAGAUGUGUCGUUCUCUGACCAAACGCCAUGGCUCUGUGUUCGUGGUCACCGGACCUCUGUUUCUGCCCCGUCCACAACCUGACGGGCGCCUUUACGUCACCUACCCCGUCCUGGGGCACAACCACGUCGCUGUCCCCACGCACUUCUUCAAGGUUCUCAUCCUGGAGCUCCCGGAUGGCCAGGGGGUGGAGCUUCGGUCUUAUGUUAUGCCGAACCGUCCAAUCCCAGAGCAGACGCCGCUGGAGCACUUCCUGGUUCCCAUAGAAACGGUGGAGCGGGCGUCAGGCCUGCUGUUUGUGCAGAACAUCCAGAGGGCGACAAAAAGCAUCAGAACUGUGCACCAUCAGAACCUCCCUCAGAUAAAAGACCACUGAGACUACAACUCCCACAAUGCUCUGCUCCUCAGAGACUACAACUCCCACAAUACUCUGCUCCUCAGAGACUACAGCUCCCAUGAUGCUCUGCUCUUCUGAGACUAGACAUAUCGCCCAUCACUCAGUGUCGUAUGUUUAGCCUUUAGCAGCUAGGUACAUGUGAGCAUGUGCAGUAGUGCUCUUCACAUGACCGCUCUGACCAAUCAGAGUGAGGAACCAGAGCGGAGCGGCCGGAGCGUGAGACGACGACAAUGAAGAUGAUCAUGAAGGUGAAGAAGAUGAUGAAGAUGAUGAGAGACAUGCAGGAGCAGAUUGUUUCAGAAACACUUCACAAACCUGUUUUAUAUUUGCUAAAAAAUACAGAACUGUAUCUGAAAACUCAGGAAAUAAAAACUGUGACAUUUCCUCAUAUGCUCUC